AUGGGCCGAGACUACACUAAGGAAGAAGUCAGCGAAAGUGAGCUCGUCAACACUUAUAUAUUAGCCAGUCAUCAAUUGGAAGCGGGUAAUAUGGUGAUAAAUUGCGAUUGCUCCAAACCUUCUAAAAGCGGCUUCUUGCGACCUGCCCAGAAUGCUCAUACAUACCUUCGGUUCCAAGAGCUUGUUCGCGCAGCGAAUAAAGGUCGGGUUGAAGGGGGCAGUCAGCUGGCUGCUUCUUGGCCACGCCCCCCUGCUUAUAGAUAUGAGAUAUUGGAUCUAAAUUCAAAAGUAGGAAAUAGCAUACCAUUAGCUGAUAUACGUAUGGGAACAUGGGUACAUGAUAUUGAAUGUCAUCCAGAUUCCCGAUGCCGAGCUACUAUUGGUAUAGUUUCCAAUCCUGGUGCACGUAAGCUUAGAAAAGCAGGACAAAGCCGGUGGUUAGGCAGACGCCCCAUUGUUCGUGGUGUUGCAAUGAAUCCAGUGGAUCAUCCUCAUGGAGGAGGUGAGGGGCGCACGAAAGGAGGUAGACCUUCGGUCUCACCUUGGGGGAAGCCCACCAAAGCAGGAUUUCGGGCAGUAGUGGGGGUGGGGAAAGGCAGAAAUGAGUUCAUGCCACGACGAUCUAUAUGGAAGGGAAGUUUUGUUGAUGCUUUCCUGUUUAGAAUAAAGAAGAACAGAGAAAGUCUGAUGAGCAGGAAAAUUUGGUCACGUAGAUCUUCUAUUUCGCCGGAAUUCGUUGAUUGCUCCGUACUCAUUUACAAUGGAAAAACUCCUGUUCGUUGUAAGAUCACUGAAGGAAAGGUUCCCGCUCCAAUGCCUGGAGCGGCAGCGGAAGCAGAACAGAACCCUCCUUUCUUUUGA